UGAGGAGCGAGCUGCAGAACCGGAGCAACAUGACCUCACUGAGCGGCCUCCGAGACGAACGGGUCCAGUUUGAGGGAAAACAUCUCUGUCAACAAACGCACAGUCGGCGGCUUGUGACGUCAGCUGCUGCCCGAGCCACCUCAGCACGGAACUCACUUGUGAUUGGUCCACGCUGAGCAAGAGCCCGCCGCGGCCAAUCACAGCCGCGCUUGCUCGCCCAUCCGGCAGUGGCAACAUGGCAGCUCUCUGAGUUUUGGUGAGCUGUAAAUAAACACGAAUUCCCCGUCUCGAGGACCACGACAGCGCCCGGGUGUUUGCGUCGAGGACCGGCCGGAGCCGCGGAGGGAAGAUGUCGAGCGACGGGACCAGGAAACAGUUCUGGAAGAGGAACGCAGCCAAGGUUCCUGGCAGCAUUCAACAUGUAUACGGAGCACAGCACCCACCCUUUGACCCGCUCCUCCAUGCUAAUCUAAUUAAAGCAGGCAACAAGCAUCCUCCGGCCACACCAGGCAAGCCCAAGAAGGCGACCACCUUCCAGGAGUUUGAGAGCAUCACAAGUGACGCUUGGGAUGUUGGGGAUGAUGACGAUGAGCUGCUGGCAAUGGCUGCGCAGAACCUUAACAUCGAAGUGGUCAUGGAGACGGCGAAUAAGGUGAUUGAGAAUCACAGCAAGCAACAGGAACGACAGAGGCUGGAUGACUCCACAGACUUGGAACAGAGAGACGAGGACACACAGGAGGAGACGGUUGAGGAUGAAGAGGAGGAUGAAGAAGAGGAGGAAGAGGAGGAGGUGGAGGAGAGAGUGGAGGAAGGAGACGUGACCAGCCCAGAGGUGUCGUUUGCCUCCCAGAGCAGCCCUUAUACUGAUGGUCGCCUGGUUAAAUCCCACAGCGAAGCUCCAAUUGGGUCACCCAAAGAUGCAGCAGGUGAAAUUGCAGCCCUCCACAGACAGCGGUCUCUGCCCCACCGGCCACCCGUCAUCCCUCUCGUGGCUCGCAUGGCCGACCAGAACACGUCUGGCACCCCAGCCAUGACGGAGAGGGAAGCGUCCCGUCUGGACAAGUUCAAACAGUUGCUGGCUGGGCCCAACACAGAUCUAGAAGAGCUACGGAAACUCAGCUGGUCUGGAAUCCCAAGACAGGUCCGACCGAUUACGUGGAAGCUCCUCUCAGGUUACCUGCCUGCCAACGCAGAGAGGAGAGAGAGUGUCCUGCAGAGGAAGAGACAAGAAUACUUCGGCUUCAUCCAGCAAUAUUAUGACUCCCGCAACGAUGAACACCAUCAAGACACAUACAGACAGAUCCAAAUAGACAUUCCUAGGAUGAGUCCUGAGUCUUUGGUGCUGCAGCCGAAGGUGACAGAGAUUCACAUUGACAUACCGAGAACUAAUCCUCUUAUUCCUCUUUUCCAACAAGCUUCUGUCCAAGAGAUUUUCGAGAGGAUCCUGUUUAUUUGGGCGAUCCGGCACCCCGCCAGUGGCUAUGUGCAAGGUAUCAACGACCUAGUCACGCCGUUCUUCGUGGUCUACGUCUUCGAGUACAUCGAGGAGGAAGUGGAAAACUUUGAUGUGUCCAGUCUCCAGGAAGAGGCUCUGAGGAACAUUGAGGCUGACAGCUUCUGGUGCAUGAGCAAACUACUGGACGGCAUCCAGGACAACUACACAUUUGCCCAACCAGGGAUCCAGAGGAAAGUCAAGGCCCUGGAGGAGCUGGUCAGCAGGAUCGAUGAGUCUGUGCACCGCCACAUGCAGCAGUACGAGGUGGAGUACCUGCAGUUUGCCUUCCGCUGGAUGAACAACCUCCUGAUGAGGGAGCUGCCACUGCGCUGCACCAUCAGACUGUGGGACACCUACCAGGCCGAACCAGAGGGCUUCUCCCAUUUCCACCUCUACGUGUGUGCAGCCUUCCUGGUGAGGUGGAGGAAAGAGAUUCUAGAGGAGAGGGAUUUUCAGGGGCUAAUGAUCCUCCUGCAAAACCUUCCCACGAUGCACUGGGGCAACGAAGAAGUGAGUGUGCUGCUGGCUGAAGCCUACCGGUUGAAGUUCGCCUUUGCUGAUGCGCCAAACCACUACAAGAGAUGAUAAGCAUGGCUCUCCGCAGCUGCUGCUCCCCCUCCUCCUCCUCUUCUUUCCAUCCCUGCUGUCGUCUACUGAACUCAUAGGCCUAUAUUCCUAUAUGGAAGGACCUCCUCCUUUUUCUUAACCUCCCCUUUCCCCAAAUGGCUCAAUGGGCCUUUCAGCAACUAAGAGAUUUAAAUCAACCAAUGACUGGGAGGACGUGAGGUGUAGCAUUCUAACAUGAUGAUGUGAAGCCUUGUUUUUUUAUUGUUAUUUUUCUCUGAUCAGCUCUGAAAUGUGCACUCCUGCAGAGCCCUCCUUCUCUUCAUUACUGAUGAAGACCGCAACUUUUUUCUGUCGGCGUUCGAUUCGCUCAAGCUGAUGCCUCAGAUUACGACCUCAGGCCUGACGCAGGACCACGAGCUGUUGCUCAGCACCGCCUGGGGUCUCGUCUGGCUCAGAACAAUGUUCCUCUCCGCUUACCAUUGUUUCCAGUACCACAGCAAUACAUUGUUCUUUGUUCCCUGAGGCAAAAAGGUGACCUUUUUUUUCCCCAAGCCCACAAAGACAAAGAAAGAAGGCAAAAGAGCACUGAGUGAGAAGGUUUACAUAUCUAAGCCCCUGUCCUGGUCACAACAGCACCCGAGGGAGCAGGGACACUGGUGGUUUUCCUGUGAACACACCAAGGUUUUACACAGAGGGAAAGAGAAAAAGAGAGAUUGUAAGUGCAGGAAAAGCAUCAUGUCUCCCCUCUUCUACAUGCACACCAGCUCACCUUUUUCACCUUGUCCUCCCACCAGUACAGCGACGUAUAGUAAAAGAGUUUAAGACAAAUAGUAAGAGACUGCAGAUCAGGAGAGUCACACACACACACACACACUCAUUAUCUAAAAAGGUAAUAAGCCAUCAGGAAGAAGAACGCUACUCAUUCCCACUCAUUAGGUUUCCCUCGGACCUGUCGAUAUAUGAAGGGUCAUGUCUUAUCUAUUACUUCUCCUCCUCUCUGAACCUAAGACUACCUCAGAACACACAUUAAAAACCAUUGCGGCAUAUAUUGUGACAGAAAUACACACAGUCAUGCACUAAUUAGUUGGGUUAGAAAAUAAAAUUUGCAGUUCAUUUUUGGCUUAAAUAAGGUACUUGGUUUCAUUCUUUUUCCCAAACCCUUUCUCCUGCCUAAUGGGUACAAUCUCCAUAGGUUAAAAUGAAAGCCAGAUAAAAAUGUUAAAGAAAGUGGACAAAAACUAACCCUAACCCACCAAUGGGUUAAAUUGCUUUCCCUUAGCUCAUGCCCACCACUCCACAGAAUUUCCUGGAAAUCGGUUGCAUAGUGAUCCUACUGCGCACUAAUAAAACAAAGUUGUCCUGUCACUCAGCUUCAGGACUGUUCAGGUCAUCAAUCCUCUUUCCUUGUUUUCAUGACAUUAAAAAGCUGUGUGCACCAUUGCUUUCUUUUCCAACAGGUCUGGCAAAUAUGGUGCUCAUCUUUAAAUUGCAUUUUCUUGCACGAGGGACACGUUCAAUGUUGUAAAGAGCAGAGUCAUAUCAGAGUCAGAGCUUUAUUUGUUAGGAAAUCAAGUUUUGAGCUGUUUGAACAGAAAUACAAAAGAACUUAAAGAUAAAGAAUAUUCAACAUAACCAUUCAUUUUAGAUCAUUUUCCAUAAACUUACAGGAAACAGUAGAUACCGUUAAACGCAGCGUUAUGAGUCAUGUGUUUCAGUAUCUCAUCGUCUUUGUUGCGUGCGUCCUCUCGUCAUUUACAGCUCAUGGGAUGUCUCAUCCAAAGUCAGUAGCACCAUAUUGGUGUAAUGUUGGGAGGAGGAGGGGGUGGAUGUAAUCAGACAUUCAUAACGUGAAACAAAGCUGUAAAUGUUUGGAGCCUCCUGUCGCGACGGCGCCACGAUCCAUUACUGUCACCACAAAGACUGUGUGCACAGGUGUGUGUGUGUGGAGAGGAGACGGGAGGAGAGAGGGAGCAAGUGAGUCGUGUUUCUCUGGAGGUUUCAGCGCUUUUUUCCUGCGAGAGCUGUCAGUCUCUGAUCGCACACAGGGAUUUUCUUUUUUACACACCCUGCACCAGUUUCACAAGCCCCUCAUCUCCCAUGCUCUCUGACAAAGAGAAACCGCACUAAGUUCGAAAGUCUACAGCCUCUCUCUCUUGCUCUCUCUCUCUUGCUCUCUCUCGCUCUCUCUCGCUCUCUCUCUUUUGUAUGAGAUAUAUUCUUUCAAUCAGCAUUUUAAAGAUUUUUCUUUUUCUUUUUUGGUCUUAAUUUUUUUUUUUUUUAUGCUGUUUACAUUACAAGUCUGUUAAGUUGUGCCUGAUUCUGAACACACAAGACAACAUCCUAGAUCUGUAAUUGACCUAGACUUAACUCAGAAACUUGGUUUUAGAUCUCUGCGAGCAAUAGUGUGAAAUUUUCAAUUUGCUGUGAUAAGACAGAAAAUAUAUUUUUUGUGCACGUUUAGUUUUUGGGAUGUGACAGUUGCCAAUAUAAACAGUUUAGUUACUCUGGGCAUUAACACCAUAUUAGUAAUGAAACAACUGCCUGUUUGCGACAAUGCUCGCUCCAACAGCAGUUUUCAAUUUAUAGCUUAGCAAACAUGAACUAGAUAUAUUAGACCUGUUGAGCUUUAGAUUUCUGCACAUGCUGAAAUGGUACAUUAGCAUUUAGCAUUCAAUUUGGUGGGCUGUUUCUGUGAUGUAUUUGUAAUACUAAUUCUACUUCCAAGGCCAAGAAACAUAUUCUAGAUGAGUUUUUAACAUUUGCAGCAUCAUAUAACGCCAACAUUUGUGAUGUUUGUUGCCAAUGCUCUUUCUCCUGUAACAUUGCAUGCAGUUCAAAAAGCAGCAUUUUCUUUCUUUCUUUUCUUUUCAUAUGAAUAAAAGUAGGACUAAGUUGCCAGCCCGCUACAUGGGCAGGCUACAUCUUUCUCUUCCGACAUGCUGCUUUAACCUCAGUGUUUCCUCAGUCUUGUGUAUUUAGACAUUGAGGACAUAUUUAAGAGUCAACUGGAAACAUUCAAAAUUCAGCAGCAUUUUUUUUUUUCACCAAGCUACACUGAAUUAAUCUCCCACCAGCAGUCGUCACUGCUUCCAACUCUACCCAGAAUUUGUUCAUGUUAAAUCUGCAACCAUUCUCACUAUAAACCAUAGACUGUAUAUAAAGAUGGACGACGUGACAGCUCCACGAUGCGUACUGCAGACCAUCGCUCCAAAUGACAUCGCCAAUGCAAGAUGGCGGCACCCAUAUCAUUAAGAUUUUGACUUGUGCUACAGAAACAGGGAGAGACAUGUCGUCCACCUUUAUUUACAGUCAACUGAGCAUGUGCCGAGAAUUGAAAGCUUGACAGGCAUAGCAACAGUAACUAAGGGACUACAGAUAUCCCAUAUUGUCCCUUUUAUUA